AUGAGCGGUCGAUGGUCGUCGUCGUUCACCCCAACUUCAUACAAAAUCCGCCGAGCCUUUCUUUUCCUCAUCAUCCUUUCGGUGGUCUUUCUCUUGCUCGUCUCACACCCAACAACCCGCACAAGAGGCUACAAAUUGCUGGGUAUUUCAAUUGCUCCGGCAUACUAUCAACUCCGACGCAAAGUCGAGCGUCUACCACAACACAACCUCGACCUGCCUUUCCCCGAAGGCCAGAACGGCCGUUAUGUGAAGUUUUCGGUACAAGCCAACUUUUUGGGAUGGAAUAACUGCCUGAACGAACGAUUAAUGAAUGCUCAUCUGGCUUAUGUCUCUAAUCGCGCAUAUGUUUUUGCGGACUACUGGUGGGCCCCAGAGCAUUACCCUUUCCCUCCCGCUCCAGAGUCUGGCGCUCGAACGCCAAUGAGCGCGCUUCUUGCUGGUCCACUUGUUGGUGGCUCGUGGCAUCCGACUCAGAGUCAUCCUUCCGGACCCAACCCACCUCGAGCAAUUUCUGAAGCAUGGUGGGGAACCGUUUGCCCCUCUUCAUCCCGCCGCCUCAUCAAUGUCGAGGAUGUGAAGCCCAACAUCCCAGGCGGGGUUGACCAUGCUUCCGGUCAACUCAUUUUCGAUACAUGGAACAAGAUAUUGCUGGAGGCAACGGAAAAUUGCAUCGAGGUUAUUCAUACGUCGCUACAAGUCGACCCGUUUCCUCAAAUUUUCGAUCUUCGGAUCUGGGGCGGCCAACGGGUUUUGGAGCUCUGGGAGGCAUUCUCGACGUCUCCUGUGAGCACCCUGUUACGCCCAUCGGAAAUUGUGGCAUCAGCCGUGGAGGGCAAUCUUCGCAGGGGCGUUUUCCACGGGAAAACGGGCAGGGGCCGACCAGCUGUGUCGAACGAUCCGUUCAAGCGCAUGCUCGCCAUCCAUCUUCGGCGCGGAGACUACAUUGAGCAUUGUCGUUUCCUUGCGAGUAGUGGUUCGGGCCAUUACGGCUGGUCACAAUUACCGAUGCUCCCUGACGUCGCCAACCACCGACUACCAGGCCCAAAGGAUCCUCAUAGAGAAGAGAAGGCAUUCGUGAUGUGUCUCCCAAAUGUAGACGAAACCUUGCUGCGAGCUCAGCAGGUCAAGCAGGAUUGGGGGAGGAAGAACCUCGAUAUUCUAUACCUACUCACCAACGAGUCCGGCGAGUUCCUGGACAACCUCGUUGCGGCAUUGCGACAUAACGGCUGGCCAACAGUCGUUACCACUCACGAUCUAUGGCUGAAUAAUGAACAGCUGGAUGUGGGGAUGGCGGUGGACAUGGAGAUCGCCAAACGAGCAGCGGUCUUUCUCGGCAAUGGGUGGUCUUCUUUCACCAGUAAUGUGGUUCAUCAGCGACUAGUAGAUGGCAAGGACCCAAUGAGCAUUAGAAUGUUGUAG